UCCGUCUGCCGUCGUCUCACGGCGAUCAGCUGAAAAUGACAGAGUUCGUGGACGGGUCUGGCGAGCGGAAGCGUUUCCUCCGCAUACGCUCUUCCGUUAGUCCAUUGGACCUUGCAUUUAUACGUUCCCUCCGUAGAAGGCAGCUGGAUUUUCCCUGUUAAAAACAGAAACUCAAUCUACGCCGCCUGUGGAAAGUCGUGUGUGUCUGUUAGACUCAGUGUGCUGUUGGCCGGCCGCAGCCUGCCCGCAAAGAUUCGUGCGCGUCGAAAAAGACCCCCCGAAAUUGCAUUGCGAGUCUUCGCUAGUGAACGGGCUGAGGUCGGAGGCACAACAGCUGCAGACAGCUGAUUUCCCGAGGUGGAAUUUAGUCGAAUGGGAGGCUGUCUUCUACUCCGGGUCCGUGUCUCCCACCGCACCUGUUACUGUUUCCUAAGUUGAAUUCACAGCCGCCUGUGCCGGGACGCUGCUCUCUGGAGCCACCUUGAGACGGCCGAAAGGUUCUUUCUGUACAGGUACACUAUGAGCUUGUGUUCAGUUGUAGCAGCUCGCUUCGUGUUGGUGGGACACCGAGCGCUGCAACGCGUUGCUCUCUUGGCAACUACUGUCACUUCCAACCUCGCACCCGACGGUGAAAGCUAGACGCAGAAGUCGUGUUCGUUUGCUCGGUCAAAUUGUGCUGACAUCACUCAGCCUAUACCGCGUGCUUCGCAGGGUCUGUCUCUGAAAAAGUAGGAUAGGAUGUGGAGUGUUCGUUGAUUUUCGGGGACAGCAGACGAAAGGAGCCGUAUUUUUGUGUCGCACACGCUUUCCUCGUUGGGACCUUUUUUCUGCGUCAAAAUGUUCGACGAUGAGUUUGGCGAGGCGUUCGAUCCUCGCUAUGAUCGAGAGGCUUCUCCUUCAGAGGAAAGACAAAAUGGAAAGCCACAGUCGACCGAUAUUCACAAGGGUGUUGUCAAAAAGCUGCAGUCCUACGGCGCCUUCGUUAAGGUACCCGACCUGGAUAAAGAGGGACUGCUGCACAUUUCUAGGAUUUCUGACCAGCGAGUGGAAAACGUCGAAGACGUCUUGGCUGUAGGCCAGGAAGUCUGGGUAAAGGUCCUAAGUCAAGAAGAUGGCAAACUUCGCUUGUGCAUGAAAAGUGUCAACCAACAUGACGGCUCCGAAAGGGAGUCGCUACGUCAGAGCUUCAUCCACCGCGGAGAGGGAGGCGGGGUGAAAACACCGGAGCUUGACUCGAUUCACCAAGGAACUGUUCGGCGGAUACAAGAGUUUGGAGCAUUUGUGUCAAUCGACGGAUUCGACAGGGACGGCUUGUUGCACAUCUCGUGCAUCUCGAGCCAAAAGCUGGACCGAGUUGACGACGCCCUAGCCGUUGGUGAUAAGGUGUGGGUCAAGGUGACGAAGGUUGAGGAAGGUGGCAAAUACGGCUUGGACAUGAGAGGAAUCAGCCAGAAAGAUGGAGCGGACAACGACCCAAACAACCUAUCUCGGUCACGGGGAACCCGUUCUGGACCACGAAAGCAAGAACGGAUAACUGUCGACGCGAUUUACAAUAUUGCCUGCCAGCGGUGUGGAGGGAAAGGACACAUGGCGCACGAGUGCUACAACACAGGAGGAAAUAAGUAUGAAAUGCUUGAGGAAGAGCGGCCGGCACGUCCUGAACACACAGCUGUGAUACAACCCAAAUUUGCCACGGAUGCAAACGCUGUCCCGAUAUCCUCCACCGCCGCCGCAAAGGUCGCCAAGGAGUGGAAGAAGACGCACAAAGACGGGGACAAAAAAAAAGGGCGAAGCAAAAAGAAGAAACACAAAAAACGGAAAUCGUCGAGCAGCAGUUCGGACGACACGUCGUCUAGUAGCGACAGUGAUAGUAGCAAGUCCUCGCGGGAUUCUCACCACAAAAAAAAGUCACGGAAGAGAAAAAGCAAGGAAAGUAGUUCGAAGCAUCGAAAGAAAGCAGCAAGGUAUCACUGAAUGGAACACUCAGUCGUCAUGAUAUGUGAUGUGGCAGUCGCUACAACCCAACUGUCGUUAUGUGGCCAGUGUGCAACCCGCAAACAUUGAACUUUCACUUGUCAAUCCAUUACAGCAUAGCUCGUGGCCUAGCGUUUGUUUGCACACAUGUCCAUCUCCCGACUCAGUGAUAGGUAUACGAUGGGACGGCAGCCUCGCUGUCGUGAAUACUCUUGGUGGGGUGGAGCCUGUCGUCGGGAAGUGCCCGAUCAAUUUAUCUUUUGGUUCUUGCUUCCCCGAACUACUGGCGUACCAUAAACUCAGCAACCUCAGCUCAGGGAAGAGCUCUGGUGGGAAAGUCUACGGAGUGUGGCAGCUGAAACAAGGGUGGCCGGUACUUGACUCAGCAACGACACGGGGUGUCGUGUUGCCGCAGACACGACCUUAACUCGCCGAGGAGCGUGCCGUUUCACGCCACACUUGAUAGUGCCGGCCUUCUCGAGAUACUCUUUUCGUGGCACGGUCGCAUGAGAUGCUUCAAUUUGAGCCAGUUCUGCUUGCAGUUCGUUGCAUGUCUGCUCUCCAGUGGAUGUACGUCGCUGAUAAGGGAGACCGUUGGUACGGUGCAGCGCACCUGUAUGAGGUCUUGUUUACGCCUUGCGAGCACCGAGAUGUGAUCUUGUGCCAAGCUAUCAUCGGCCUGCGUACGCUAGGACAGGAGCUUGGCCUCUCAAAAGCGACAU